AGCUCGUUGAGAAGAGGUUAAACGGGAUAGAGAAAGUGUGUGUGUGAGUUUGUGAGAUAGAGAGAGAGAGCGAGAGAGAGAGCAGGUGGUGCAGGAGACAGGAGCUCUAUAUAGAGAGGGUUUUUUUGCGAACGUGUGUGAGUUCGUGUGUGUGGCUAUGUGUGUGGAGUAGCCGUGCAGAAAGGAGCAGGGUGAUACAGGUAAACGGGAGCGUGACACAGCUGAAGGACAGUGCUGAUAACCAGGAGACUGAGCGAGCGUGUAGAGGCGGGUGAUCAUUGGGUGCUUGGCUGACUGGAGCACGUGACACGACACACUUCUUGGAGACGCGCUGAAUUCUGUCGCAGCGGAGCCGCGAUGGCCGAAAGCACAGACGUGGACCAGCUGCUCCAAGCCUUCGAGAGGUUUGCUGUCCAUGGCGCCACCAAAGCUGCCGGGAAGGAGAUGAACGGGAAGAACUGGGCCAAACUCUGCAGAGACUGCAAAGUCAUCGAUGGCAAAAACGUUACCUGCACUGACGUGGACAUCGUCUUCACUAAAGUCAAAGCAAAGUCUUCCCGGGUCAUUACUUACGAGGAGUUUGAGAAAGCUCUGGAAGAACUGGCGUCAAAAAGGUUCAAAGGUCAAAGCAAGGAAGAAGCACUGCAGUCCAUGCACAAGCUGAUCGAGGGCAAAGGGCCCACCAACGUUGGCAUCACGAAAGUGGCUAAAGGUGGCGCACUGGACAGGCUGACAGACACUACCAAAUACACGGGCUCGCACAAGGAGCGCUUCGACGAGACUGGAAAGGGCAAAGGAAAGAGUGGUCGCGAGGAGCUCGUGGAGAACACGGGCUACGUAGCCGCCUACAAGAACGCGGGGACGUACGCCGAGAAGACCAAGGCCAAGUGAGGCCGCGAGGAGUGCACUCAGAGACGGACCAGAGCAGAGCUCCAGCUUUGGCCCUUGAGUCGCCGUGGGAACCUGCGAAUAAACAGGAAGUUAUGUAAAUGGUUGGCAGUCCUGAUUAAGGAUGCAGUUGAAAUUCAUGUCCCAGUUUUCCGGGUGAUUUUAGCUUCUGCAAUCAAAAGUCCACAUCCUACAAAGUUAAUACCUCAGACUAAAUUAAUGACGGUAUUAACAGCCACACAUAAAACUCAUUUCAGCUGGGAAUUUGAGUCAGCGUUUCCUACAUUAAGAUCCCACACCUUCAGUUUUAAUUAUGUUGGUGUCAGCAAACCCUCUUACAAACCCCCGACUGUUACAUGACUCACGUAUUGAUUAGGGCUCUGAUCUGGGUUGCCAUGUGCUGAACAGACCCUUCUACAAACCCGCACCUGUUACAUGACUCACGCACUGAUUACGACUCUGAUCGUGGUUGCCAUGUGCUGAACAGACCCUCUUACAAACCCCGCCUGUUACGUGACUCACGUAUUGAUUACGACUCUGAUCGUGGUUGCCAUGUGCUGAACAAACCGAUGAGUCCAUUAGCACUUUGGUCAUGUUUGUACUGCCUUAUAUCGUCAAUAAGGAUACAUUAACAAAUUAAUUAGAAUGGAAAAAAUAGCAAAAAAAAAAAGUUUUAGUAUAGGGUUUUGUGUUUAUUGCAUUUAAUUUCAGAUACAUUGUAUGAAUCUGUUAAAUAUGAAGGCUUUUUCUUUUUUUUCUUUUUUACAAUGCUGAGUAUAAGCCAAAGAGAUGUUCUGUGGUUUGUGACUGGACUUGGACAUCAUGCAAAUAAUUUCUGCUAAUAUUCAAACAGUUCUCAGAAAUAUGCCAGAUUCUCUAAGUAAAUCUACAAGACUACGAUGUUUUGCCUGGCUCUUAAAGUUUGCUUUGUUGUAAAAAAAGGAACACACACAAAAAAGCAUUGGUGAGAAUGGCCUUAAUGUAAAACUAUAUUACCCCUAAUCAAAAUACUGUGUAUUUACGAAGAGCGCAAAAUAUGCUCGUACGCAGUGGCCUUGUUUACGCUGCAGUGCUAAAACACCUGUAAACAGAAAACCCUGCAGAAGAAGCUCCUUCGUUACUUCCACAGGUGCACAUCCUAAUCAGCAAGCUUUCAUUAGCCUACAACGGUUGUCUUCUUCUUUUGAUUAACAUAAAUAAGUGUACCUUCUUCUUUUGAUUAUCAUAAAUAAGCAUACCUUCUUCAUGUUAUCUUGAAUAAUCCAAUUUCAGAUUAUUCAAAGCAUGUUGGUUGGUUGGUUGUUUGUUUUUGCAUAUUAUUUUGUUGCUAUAUUUAAUGUAAUUCUAUUGCCAAACUGAAAGUUGGUGCAUUUAAACUAUAAGAACUUGCAUAAAGUAUUUGUAAAUUGUC